AUGAUCAUCACGCCCAGCAAACGACAUCAUCCUCAUCAUCGUCCUUAUGACGAUGAACAACAUCAUGCUCCUUUUCGAUUGCAAACGUCACCAUCAUCCGACCAAUCGGCCGAAGCAGCCAGUUAUUGUUUUCCUAAUACUAUUCCCGCAUCAGAUGACGAUAAACGAGUCCUACAGCAUCAGACGGGCCAAGUGGGCCCCAGUGUCGCUGCCAUUGGUGUUCCGGCCGCCUGUCAAUGCCAGCACGGAUAUCCGCAAGUAUUUUUGUUGAAUCCACUGUCUCCCGAUCAAAGAAGAAUGAAUUCGGGUUUGCUCAAAUUGACAUGCCCCCUAUUGGUCAAUGCGAUUGAUCAGCUAGAAGACGACGGAUACAUUGCCAAUUUUACGUCGCAAGUGCAAGCGAAUGAGGAAUGGAAGGAAUCUUGUCAAGCGAGACACGAAACUCAUGCAGUUGCAAGAAGGGCCAUAUUAUUGUCAAGGGCAAACGACUCCAAUUCGUCGCCGUCGUCGUCGUCGUCGUUCGACAUUAGUAUAUUGCAACAGAAACUGGGAGAAAAAGGAUCAGCCGCCUUUUUGGAUUCGGGUAUUGCGGGAGCCACCGUCGGGAAACCAGAUGUCAAGUGUUUGCAUGCAUGGAUGGGGGACUACUUGUUUCACAUUGCCGGCAAUGAUGACAAGGAUAGCAGAGGCCAUGAUCAUUUCCUGGGAGAGGCUAUUGCUGCCGCUUUGCAAGAACGAAAUAAUAUUUCUUUGAGUGGUACUUUGGAUUGUCACCAAUACUGCAAUCCUGACUAUUUUUCCAUCACAGGAGGAGUUACGGUGCCCAAAGCUCGGAACAAACAACGGCUCAAGACACAAAAAGAAAAAGAUCGAAGGAAAAGAAAAAAGGAACGGGAGCAAGCAGAGGCAGCACUACUAGGUGACGAUCAUUCUGAGUGA